AAAUAAAUUGCAAAUUGUCAUAAAUCUUUAAACUUCAUUAACUGAAUAUAAUUCUGUUUAAGGAACUAUUACAGUUAUUCAGAUUAUUUAAUCAAGGAUAUAAGCAAUAGUAUGGUUCAAUAAUAGUAGCAGUAUUAUUAGUCUACAGAUACGAAUCUAGUAACAUAUAUUGGAGAUUGCAUGUGUCUACAGGUAUUAACCGAGAGCUAACUACUGGAUAGUUGAAGAAUUAGGAAUCACAGUCAAAAUGGAGUACAAUAUCCCCAAAAGGCUCUACAGAGCAAACAGUUUCAUUAAAAUUGUUGUCAUGGGACAAUGCCCUUCUGGUAAAACAGACUUGUGCAAAAGAUUUGUAAAAAGAGAGUCUACUAGUGCAACUAUUGGCUGGAAUUGCUAUACUAGUAGAUUUACACAAGGACAUGAAGAAUUCUUCGUGGAAAUUUGGGACACACCUGGCCACGAAAGCUAUAUGUUAUUCAACAAAAAGUAUAUAAAGAAAGCCAAAUUCAAUGGUAUUGUGUUUGUGUAUGACAUAACACAAGAACGUUCCUUUAGUCAAACACAGAAGUUGAUAGAAUGUAUUAAACCGGAGUUACAUGACUGUGAGAUAAUAAUCGUCGGGAAUAAGUGCGACUUGGAACACAGAAGAGAGGUGAGCAUACGCAGGGGCGCUAAUCUUGCUUGGGAACUUGAUGCUAAAUUCUUUGAAGUAAGCGCUAAAACCAGAAUUAACGUCCAUGAGGCAUUUAACUCAUUACUAAGAGAUGUAAUAGCAAGGAUGGACGGAAAGAAGGAGACAAUUCCCGAACAAAUAGCGCAAGAUCCUUAUGCAUCAUUUCUCUUUGAGAAAGCUUUGCAAGAUGGCAAAGAAAAGGAUAGGUCCAUUCGAGUAAACAUAGUCGGUAAUUUCAGACAAGGUAAAACAACAUUAACGAGAAGGUUGCUGGGACAAGAAGUCAAAGGAAUUAAAAGUACAGAUGGAAUAGCUGUGGAACAUUACAAAUGCGAAAGAGGAAAGAAUGGGAAAUUACGUUAUACCAAAGCUGACGACGUCCAUAAGUCAGAAUUUGUCAAACGCUUGGUCUCUGGUGCUGUAAGUGAAAAGAAUAAAACUAUUGAGCAACCAACACAGUCAUUGACAGAAUCAAACGUUUUACGACAGGAAAACAAACCAACGGUUCAAGAACAUUCAGCGAAUUAUGACGAUACCGGAAAUUUCCAAGACAAUUUAAUUACAGAACAAACUCAGUCAUUGACAGAAUCAAACGUUUUGCGGCAGGAAAACAGACCAACGGUUCAAGAACAUUCAGCGAAUUAUGAUGAUGCCGGAGAUUUCCAAGACAACUUAAUCACAAAACAAACUCAGUCAUUGACAGAAUCAAACGUUUUGCGGCCGGAAAACAAACCAAUGGUUCAGGAACAUUCAGCGAAUUAUGAUGAUGCCGGAGAUUUCCAAGACAACUUAAUUACAGAAGUUAAAACAACAAGUAUGAAUAUUCAACAGGGAAAGCCACGUUCCAUUAACGCAGCCUCCCAGUACUGCAACUCACAGCAGUUCAGGCAUAGACGUGCAAAGGACGAACGAACGCAAACUUUUCCACCAAAAGGAAAAAAAACAGCAAAUGAAGCUUUCAAUAAAAUUUCGAUAUUGUCUACCGAGGAAAAAGAGGCAUUUGUAAAAAGUUUGAAGACAAAUCAGGCAUCUUUACAAUCAGAAGGACACAACGUAUUUGAUAUCUGGGAUUUUGGUGGGCAGCACAUUUUCUACGCAACUCAUGCAAUAUUUCAUAGCAAAAGAGCAAUAUAUCUGUUAGUAUUUGACUUGACUUUAGAUCUGAACCAAUGUAUUUCUGACGAACAAUAUCAAACUGAGUCAGAAAAUAGAAACAUGAAAUAUUUCAUGCAGUUCUGGUUGAGUUCUAUCCACUCGUUUGUUGGGUCCGCAGAUGGGACUUUGCCAAAAGUUAUCCUCGUUGGAACACACAAAGACAAACUGAAGGUAAAGAAACACGAGAAAGAAAGAUACAUCAAGGCGUAUUUUGAAAACAUAAGACAGAUGUUCGAUGGAACAAAUUUAUCUCACCAUAUUCAUUCUGACGACUUUGCGGUUGACAAUACUGAUGCUAAAGAUCCUUCACUGAAUUCAUUGAGGGAAGCCAUCAUAAGACUCGGUAAUGAACAAUCAGAAACAAAUGAAAUACCACUGAAGUGGAUUCAGCUGGAAAAGUCACUACUGGAAAGAAAACACCUUAAACUAAUUUCAAUAAAAUUUGUUUUGGCAAUCGACUCAGGGAAUGAAUUUCCUUUGGGUGAUAUAGAACAAGUAAAACUAUUCCUACGUUACCAUCAUGAAAAGGGCACUUUUGUUUAUUUUGAUGAGGAACCAAUAUCACAAUAUGUUGUACUUGAUCCCCAGUAUCUUAUCGAUGCUUUCAAGUGUAUAAUCACAAGCGAACGAUUCUGCACAAAUGACCCCGAAAUCCGCCCACUUUGGAAGAUGUUACUAUCAGAGGGAAGGCUUGAGAAACAGCUCAUUGACCUACAGUGGGGGAAACCGAAAUCUGUGAUCGAAAUGUUUAUGGAAAAUAAAGAAAUUCUGCUUUCAUUUCUUGUGAAACAUCAUAUCAUAUCAGAAGCUGCAACUUACGAUGAAAACACAAAACAGUCGACAGGAUUAGGAUGGUUUGUGGUCCCAAGUUUGUUGAGAGACAACUCAUCAAGAACAGAAAUUAGGGAAUUUCUUAAUGGGAAAAACUCCACAACACUGCGCUAUGUCUUAUUUUUCGAUAACUCGACGAUAGUGUCCACAAUAUACCAUCGCCUAGUAUCAGCCACACUAGGAAAAUGGCCAAUAGCGAAGGCUGGCAAGAAAACAUUGAUUUUCAAAGACAUGUGUAUUGUUCGAUUGAACUUUGACCACGCUGGAAUAGCAGAAAUGAAAUAUAACAGCAUCGAGAUGACGGUUUGUAGACUUUGUCCUACGUUAGAUGUUAACGAUGAACAAGCUGACAGUUUUCGACGAUUUUUAGAAUCUGUUAUAGUACACGAAUUUCAGAAAUUGCUUAGUACUGAGGCCACCAAAAACUAUCCAUACACCAUUAUGUUCCGAUGCAAUCAUGACAGUCACGGUGCAAAUGGAAGUGAACACCUAAUUUCCAUGGAUGAUAUGAGGAGUGGAAAAGUAGUUCCAUGUCCAGACUUGAUGACGCAUGAAAUCAACGUAGAAAUGGCAAACAAAGAGUGGUUUCAAGACAACAAAAAGAUAGCAGCCAUUCCAGACAAUCAGCUGACAGACAAAUUACUAAGCAGCAUUUCGCAGUGCUUUGGGGAACACUGGCAAUUGCUUGGUCUCGAACUUGGGUUGACGCAAGUUCAGAUAGAUCAUAUUAUCGAAGACCAUCCACGUAGUGCAGUCAUGAGAAUAUAUACUAUGCUUCAGAAGUGGUGUAGUAAAAAUGCAAGUAAAGCGUCGCUGAAGUGCCUGAUCGAGACAGUGUACCUAUGUCCGCACGUACAUGUUGAUUGGGACAAACUGAGAAAAGUCAUAGAUAAACUGAAUUCAGAUGUUUAGAGUGUUGAUUGGAACAUCAUGGAUAUUUGUAGUCGAUUGGUAAAUUACAAAGACAUAGAGAAACUGUUCUAUCAUAAAUAAACUUAUUUUCAGGCUGUGGAAUAUUUUUGUACUAUAAAGACAUGUUUCUCUUUCAAUAUAAUAAAGUAAUUCCUUUAAGAGCUGUUGUUCUGCACCUACGCUUGCAAGGAGUAAAGACUGCAUAUUUUCCUACUGAAUUCUGGAAAAGUAUAAUACAGUUACUGCAUGCAUAAUCAUUGACAAAUAAACAAACAUAGAACAUUGUCUUACACGUGAAUGAUACAUUGACGGCAGGAAACAGGAAGUACAUAAAUCUUAACCAUGGCUUUGUGUUCUCAGCAGUAAAGUGUUGACAAGAACAUGUACGUAGGUAAAUCUGAUUUGAAUCAAUGAUAGUCAAUGGGUUUUUAAUGCUUUUCUGUCAAAUUUAAACAUAGCAUAUAAGGAUAGAGUUGCUGUUGAUCACCUUGAUAAAGAUAUAAACUCUUCAGUCAAUCAUUUUGUCGGGAAAGGCAAUUGCACAAGUUUUUUUUUUCGUUAUCAAGGACAUUGUAUCAAUUGCAUAGAAGCAACCAUUGUGUAUUAUAACAAUUUAUGAUACGUCUUUGCAGUCAAGCAAUACGGUCAAGGACGUUAACAAUUCCGCACUCAUGUAUAAAUGGUAUUUCAUUCUUGCAACUUCUAUUCAAUACGAUAACGUGAAGCGUGGCCAUUGUUACCUUCGCGCGUGUAGCCUUUGCUAUAACUCACGUCAUACAAAAUGCAUAGCGCGCAUUUACAACCAUUUAAUGUUAUUACAUGUUGAAGUCGAUUACAAACUCAGUAACAUUUUAUCAAAAUAUCCCGACUUUUAUUGAAUCAAAGGUCUAUUUAUCAAAAUUGAUAUUGACUUUUAUUCCUCUCAAAAUAAGGCGCUUCUCAAAAGCUUUAAUUGAAACUUAGAUAAAAUAAAUGAACGUGUACAGGACAGAUUGCGGCUCAAGGGUUCCACGUUUGAUACCACCACGUAAACGUUUUAAAUCGCGCCAACGUCACUUGCGUUUGGGUUGUGCAACGUAAGAAUCAAUUUAACCUGUUUAUCUUUAACGGUCUAACGACUUAAACGGAUAUUCGAUAUUCUUUUCUGACGACUACAAUUAGUACAUGUAUUAAAAAAUAUUCUUUGAUCAAAUUUUCCAAAUGCAUAGAUGAAGAGUUUUAAAGUCCUUGAUUGUAAGUAAGACUAUUGAAUAUAGAAAAUAUAAAAAUGUUUUCAAUAUUGUUAUUGGAUGUAAACAUUAAUUUGAAGUAUACGUGUUACUACACUCUAUUAAUACAAUUAAAACUAUCGAAUAUAUAAAAUAUAAAAUGAAUACUCAGUAUAAGAAAUGCCCAUGUUUGAAAUUACCUGCGAAAAUUAAGACGAUAGUUAUCGACUCAAAAACCUCGCGAGGAUUGUUAAAUCUCGCGUGUAUGUAUGUUUUUGGACAAGGCGACAAUGCGUUAAUAAUUAUAGCAUUGUCGCGUGUUGGUGAGGCGAGAAUUAAAGAGGCACGAACAGGAUUCCGUACAUGUAGCAGCAGUAAUUUGUUUUUAAAAACGGUGCAAUUUUAGUGAAAGUACACAUUUACUCCUUGUUAAGCUAUACAUAUACUGGUGGUGUAUUAUCUUAAACAUAACACAUGGUGCUGUUUAUGUAUACAAACAAACUAACUUUAUGUUUACAUAGAUACUUUCAAAUAUGAACUUUUUGGCGCAGUAUAUCUUUAGAUUUCCAUAUGUUUUAAGUGCCGUAUACCUUCCCUUUUUAAUAACUAUUUACUUUAUCACUGUGUUAGAUAUUUUCAAAUAUGUGACCCUUGAUAAUAUUUCAGUUUUUGCAUUCCGCUAUCAUAAGUUCAAAAUGAUCCCCUAUAGCUAUCUUUGGUGUAACACUUUAUUUUUUCAAAAAUUGAAAAUAAAUAAAAUUUGUAUUUUAAUGAGACAGAAAACAAAGAACAUAUUAACAGGUUUUAUUGCAUAUAUGUAGAAAUCAUAACCAGAUUGGAUUGCGACCAGCAUGGAUCCUGCCCAGACUGCGUGAAUAAGGAUGCGCAGGCUGGUCUGGAUCCAUGCUGUUCAAAGCCUAUUGCAGUUAGAGAAACCAUUAGCGAACAGCAUGGAUCCUGGUCAGACUGCACGGAUGCGCAGGCUGGUCUGGAUCCAUGCUGGUCGCAAAACCACUAUGUUGGUUUUCUCAUGGCGCGGCUCAUUUCAAGAACAAUUUUUUAGUAUAUACAGACUAAGAAAAUCAUAGCAAAAAUCUGAAAUCAUUUCAUUGUAAGGCAGCGGUGUUCAAAUGUUUUGAAAAUAUUACUCAAAAGCUAUAGCUAUGCAACAACCAUCCGAGCAAGGAAAGUGUUCAAGUUUCAUAAAAAAAUCGUAUGAUACAAAACGAUAAAACUUGUCACAGUAACAGUUUCCGUUUUCACCGACUGGGCAUACUUCUAGAUGUACACGAAAGUAUCAUUCUAAAGACAACUAUUUGUGUAUAAUAUCAAAAUCAUAAAUUGAUAUACUUCAAGUUGUUUGUACGGGUAUAAUAUAAAAUAAAACUAAAUACAGUCCAUUUAACAUAUUUUUACCGCAUUACUAGCAUAGUUGAAGGAAGCUUUUCUAAGGUUGUAAGGAAAUAGUACUGUUAUUGAUUUCUUACUUCUUUUGUUAGAAAAUCACGAUCAUUCAAUAUUAAUACAAAAGACUGCAAUUGUUUAUUACGCAAAUAGUCGAAUUAUCAGAAAGUAGUCCGAAGGAAAUGUUUGGAAACGUUUUAUUUUGUAUAAAUUGAAAGGGAUAUAACUCUAUCUGAAUUGACAACGAAAUUCGGUUGCUGAUGAGCUCAGUGGAUUUUACAGGCAUUUUCAUAGACACACAGAGACAGAUAGACAGACAUUGAAAUGAUAUUUUCUCUGUUUAAAAUCUCGCAACAUCUGUAAACAUUUAUUGCAGUUUAGGAAAUACUUAUAGCAAAGAGUAAUAACUGUUUGGACUAAAUCGUUUAAACAACAGUACUGAAGGCGUAUUUAUUAUAAAACAUAUUGUUUUACCUCCUGUAAGUAUUUUUGUUGGUUAAAAGGUGGUCAAUGAUGACAACCCCCCCCCCCCCCCCCCCCCUCACCCCUCCUUCAUUUUUGUGAAGGGUCAGUAGAUUUUCGUGUCAUUCUAGGCUAUAGAAAAUUUGUGGAUAAAUAAGGUCAGUAUGAUAACAACUGUGACUCGGCUAACCCCUUCCCCUCCAUUUGUCAUACUGAUCCUAAUGUUUCCGUAGAGGAUCACUAACGAACACAAUAAUCAGUAUUAUUAAACAGCAUAUUACUUAUUGUAAAAUUAAAAAUUGAUGUUAUUAAUAUCAAUAUUUAUAUAUAUAUAUGUCUUUGGUAUUAUACUACGUGCUUCGUGUAAUGAUAUGUAAAAUGUCAGUAAAUGUAACCAUAAAUGUCAGUAAUUGUAAUGAUAUGUAAAAUGUCAGUAACUGUAAUGAUAUGUAAACUAUCAGUAAUAGUAUAGAGUAUAUAUAAUAGAUGUAAAACGUCAAGUUCUACAAUUAUAGACUUUUCCAACUAGACUCUCUUGUAUUUUGAAUAUCUUGUAAGUAAAUUAUCGAAUCAUUGUUGCAACAAAACAUCUGCUUAGUACAAAUACGUUAUACACAGGGUUUUUUUCUUUUUCUUUUAUUUUUUCAGAAAGAUGUAUAACUGUUCUUAGUUGCAUUUGAUUUUAUCAUCGUUUGUUAGAAUUUUAAUUUCACCACGAGUAUUUUACAAACGUGAAUUACUACUUUAACUACUUUCAAAUCAAUUUUCAAGAAUAUCUGUUCAGCAGAAUUCAUUUUGGUUUAAUUCUAAAAAUAUUAGGGUUCUAGUUGGAAAAGUCCACCACAAUGCCCAUGAAAAUUACCAUGACUUUUUAACAAAAUAGGAGAAUUUAAUAAUUUUCUGUAAUUAUACAUUGUGUGUUAAAAUAAUAUUCUAACACGACCAGCAAAUAACUUACAUACACAUAGAAGAAAAAAAUCCACGGUUAUUUAAGAAAUGAUAAGUUCCAAAACGUGGUUUAUCGUAGAAUAGCCCGAGUUUUGAGUAAGAAUAUAUCAGGAAGACCGUAGGCCUUCGUGAUAUAUUGUUUCGCAUAAGAACGAAAAACUCGGGCUAUUCUACGAUAAGUCACACUUGGGAGCUUAUAUUUUUCGAUUCUAACACGACAUACUAGUAUCAACAGUGUUAGAAACAAUGGUUACUACUUUUUACGACCGUGCUACGCCUCUGGAUCGGAUAACGUCAUUGCUCGCUAGUGGUUUAUUGCAGAAUAACCUGAGAUGGAUUUUGCACUACAUGUAUGUAGGUUAUUUGCUGGUCGUGUUAGAAUUUGCGAUAACCCAUGCGCGUGCAAAGGAUUGUUUUGGCUGUUCCGUACACCUCCGAACUCCCGCGUGCAAAUAUUUCAUGAAUGAAAGUCACGUGACGUUUGUAAUUAAUAGCGUAAAAAUCGUGGUAACACCAACAACAAUGUUCGGCUGCAAAAUGUCACAAACAACUAAUCUGUUACGUACGGGGACAAUCUGCGAGAUUCGCCGUGGUUUUGAGGACUUGAGAGUUAUUGAUGAAAGGUUUGGUGGCCAUGUUACAAAAUAUUUGCUGAAAUCCUUAAGCAAUGGGGAGAAUACAUGGAGGAAAUUUCAAUAGCCAAAUUCAUGUGCAUAUCACGAAAUGUCGUUCAUGUUGUAAAAAGUAGUUACCAUUUUGUCUAACACUGUUGUUUCAAUUAUGUCGUGUUAGAAUCGAAUUAACAAGUUCCCAAGUGUUUUUCGUUCUUAUGCGAAACAAUAUAUCACUCAGCCCUACGGCCUUCGUGAUAUAUUCUUACGGAUAAGAACUCAAAACACGGAUUAUUCUGCGAUAAACCACACUUGGGAACUUAUUAUGUCUUAAAUAAAUAUAUGCAUUCAAUGACUUUUAUUCCUGACAUUCAUGUAUUUAGCAUUAUGAUUCCAUUGUUGGUUUGCGUUUUCCUUAUUUUCUCUUUAAAUAUAAUAGGGUUAUUAUAAAAGUAGCUUGAUUUGGGAUGCUGUAUUCGGCUCAUUGACAAGUGAAUUUUGCCAGAUCGUUAACACGAGGCGCACAAAAGCCGAGUGUGAUCCGACCAGGCAAAGUCCACGAUAGCUGAAUACAAAAUCCCAGAUCUAUAUAGUACUGUUAUAUAAUAACCCUUUUAUACCUCCGCUUUUUGUUUGUCGUUUAUUAUCGGAUUUUUAACAGCUUAUCGAUGUUAAAAUAGAACUGAGUGUAGCUUUUGUGUGCGCUAUUUAUAGAACUGUGACAGAUCGAGAAUUUUAAAUGAAAGUAGUUCGGUAACAUGCAAAUACAGAGGGUACAAUACAGAGAUUUCUGCCUGUUUAUAUUUACUUGUAAAAACAAGCUGUAGUUUUGACAAAAUGUAUAUAGAUAUAAUUAUAAUAAAAGACAAUACCAGUCAUGUUAUAUCCCAUUUUAAAGAAUUCCGAUGUAGGGAAAAGGAAACCUUUUAAAUGUUCAAAAUAUAUUAGUCAGUUUACGGGGACCGGUAUCAAAGGGAUUACAUUCUAAUAUGAAAACAUCGUGCCCAUUUUCAAUAAAACAAGGCAACAUUGACACCAUAUCGACAUGUUACUUAUAGUUAUACAGUCACAGGCGCCGAGAAGAAAUGAUAUAAUACAGGUGCCGAGGAAGAGUGUUAUUUUACAGUCGCCGAAAAGAAGUGCUGUCAUACAGGUGCCGAGAAAGAGUGUUAUUAUACAGGCGCCCAGAAGAAGUGUUAUUAUACAGGCGCCGAGAAAGAGUGCUUUAAUGCAGGCGCUGAGAAAGAGUGUUAUUAUACAGGGGUCUAGAAGAAGUGCUAUUAUACAGGUGCCGAGAAAGUGUUAUUAUACAGGCGCCGAGAAAGAGGGCUGUAAUACAGAUGCAUCCACGCAGUCUGGUUAGGAUCCAUGCUGUUCGCUUUUAAAGCCUAUUGUAAUUAGAGAAACCGUUAGCGAACAGCAUGGAUCCUGACCAGACUGCGCGGAUGCGUAGGCUGGUCUGGAGCCAUGCUGGUCGCAAAUGCACUAUGUUGGU